CCCUCUUUCCAGCUCCUCCUCCUCCUCCUCCUCCAGCCCUUGUGUGGGACUCCAUUUUCCCAGCCCCAAAGUCUCCAAGGGAAGGGGGCCGUGGGAGUGCGCAGCCAAGAUGGAAUAAUAGAGAUCUCUAGAUCUUGCAUAUAGCGAUCUGUAGAUCUGUAUAGCUAUACAAAACCCAGCCGUGCCUCGACGACGUCGCCCGGGCGCCUCCGGAUUUGGACAGCGUUAGGAUCGGCGUCUUUGUGUGCGCGCUCGCUCGCGCUCGGCUGGACAGUUUUCGCCUUGGUGGCUUUUUGCGCCCCCGCGGAAUGGAUGACCAAGGGAGGCUGAUCCAAGCUCGGGGGGCCGUGGGGCUCCCGCCGGGCCAUCCGGCCGUGCCGGGGGUCCCCAGCAUGACCCCCCACUCCCUCCACGAGCCCCCCUCGGAUAACGGCGAGCCGCGCAAGCAAGACAUCGGCGACAUCCUGCAACAGAUCAUGACCAUCACCGACCAAAGCUUGGACGAGGCGCAGGCAAAGUUGGUUACCCUCUCGCCAUUCCGGGGCGCACGGGCUGGUGGGGGAGAAGGGGGUGCUGGAAAGUUGCCUGGGAGGGUUUCUCCCUUUGUGUGUGGCGGGGAGUAGUUUGGGAUGCAAGCUGUGGGACCGAGACCUGGGGGCCGUGGGGUGGCCCGCGCUUUCCAGCGGAGUUUGGUAGUGCCGGAUCUCGGGGGCGCAUGUUGUGCGCCUGGGUGGAGACUUGGAAGUUCAAGGCUUCGGGUGGAGGUGCUCCAGUUUUAUUGGGGUAUUCCCCCAAAUCCGGAUUUGGGAGUUGGGAAGCUGGAUUGGGCAGGAACUGAACGUGGAGGGGGUGUUAUUUGGGGGAACUUGAUGGGGAAGAAAGAUGAGGUUGUGGGUUAAGAAUGGAUUCCCUUGUUUGUUGGGGCGAACUUGAGUAGAGCCUCUUCAGAAAGGAGGAGAGCCUGAGGCCUGGAAGUCUGGAGCAAGUUGGCUCUUGUUUUUGUUGGGUGGAGAAGUUGGGAAGAAGAGGUUCGGAUUUCAGGGGAGCCAAGCGUGGAUUACAGAGAGGGUUGCUGGGGCCUGUUCCAUUUGGGACUUGGGCCAUUUUAGGGUAACUGAACAUACUCUCAGGGGUUUGCAGCUUGUUGUGGGGCGUACAUAUGCACAGGAUGGUGUUGCUGGUGAACUGGUUUGGGAGGGAUGGUUGGUGUGGAAUCCCAGCGUAAAUAACAGGGGGAUCUGGAAUUUGGAUGAAGAGAGAGAUUCUGGGGACUGCUGCUCACAUUAUUCCUUCUGCUUAAACCACUAGACCUUGCUUCCCUUCCAGAUGUUUUAGUAGCCUGGCUUUUCACUCCCUGCCUGUUCACUUAGCCAAGCCACCAGAUUUUCACAUUUGGUUCAGGGGUAUCCCAAACCCCUGAGGUUGAUGUUUUAGAGGGUCUUUGUUGUGUAGUUAAAUAUAUUAACAGUUAAAUUUUUGAUUAUAUUUGGUGAGCUGGAGGGAGCAAAGAAUUACCUAUUUGCAGAUAAAACUCUUUGAAGGGUCUUAUGCUGAAAUUAUGACUUUUGUCUAACUUUGAAUAAUAAGUUUGUGUGGUUGCUGUAUUUUUUAAUUUUUAUUUAUAUAAAAAAAGACUUUAUAUUGUAGGCCAAUCUUUAGAUUAGAGGUAAUAUUAUUGGUCAGAUGGUUUCUGUUUGACAGAACGAUUGCCAGAAGUUUGGUUUCAGAUAUGAGUUUGUGUGUGGAGUGGUUUGUAUCCAAAGGUCUGGACAUCCAAAUUCCUGGAAGGUUGUUUUUGCCCCCUGCUGGGAAUUGGCACCAAGUUUGUGAGAGAAUGGAAGACCAGUGUGGUUAAGGGUUGUGAAGUGGCUUUUGGGAAGAGAGGUAUUUUAUACUGAGAAAGUUAAAAUCCUCAGGGGUGUCUUUUUAUUUCCUAUGAUCUGUGUAGCUAUGUGGAUUAAAUCCAGUGUGAGGUGAAUUGUAGAUAUCAAGGUCUGCGGAGAGGUUUUCUGUGCUGAAUUCUUGGUUUGUGGAAGUUGUAGCAUUAUAGAGAGAAAAGGGCUCUCAGGACACUGUGUUGGUCUGAACUUGGAAGUUGUGUUUUGAGGGGAGAAUCGUGAGUUUGUGUGAUGGUCUAAAUACUGAGUUCUGUUUGGGGCAGGGGAACAAAAUAAUUUGAGGAUUGUUUCUCUGAAUAUGUGCUUGUGUGCUUUGAUUGUCCGGUAUAUCCAGGUUUUAUGCAAUUUCUGAGUUGCAAAACCCAAGUCCAGUGUUUUGUGAACUGAGUUAUUAUUUAGAAAUGGGGAAAGCUAUGUAACCAAAAGAAUGUCAAAGGCUGCAAUUAUAUAUCAGAAGAAAGUGUUUGAAAAUUGUUUUGUACUGCAUAAAAUCGAUUUUAAAAGAUGAGAGAUGGAGGAAUCAAAGCAAUGCAAAAAUGUAAUUCCAGUGAAGGGUAAACAGGGAUCAUUCCUUAAGAUUUCCCCCCCUUUUUGUCUACCUUCCCUAACUUGACCAAACUUUGCCCAUUUUACUGUACCUGAACACCCCUCCACAUUCUUAGAAACCAUUCAACAACUGAAGGAAAUAUAUAUUUUUAUUGUUUACGCUCUUCAGGUGCUGGAAUUAUACUGGGAAUUACUGGGGCAGAGAGGGGACUCCAUUAUAUGUGCGAAUAAACGAGGAUUGAUUGAUUGAUUCGCCAGGCUCAGGCCUGCGAGCUAUUGUGGAAGUGGAUAGAGGCUUCCUUUCUCUUUAUGACAACUCCAAAUCCAGUCUUUCCUCCCCUCAAAAACCACCGGCUUUAUCUGCUCUCUCUCCCACUGUUUAAACUGCAGGAAACAUGCCCUGAAUUGUCACCGCAUGAAGCCAGCUCUCUUCACCGUCCUCUGCGAAAUCAAAGAAAAGACAGGUACUGUAUUGUUUUGGCUCCGGGUUUGAGAGGGGCGGCUGCAUGCUGUUGUUCAAAUACACACACACAUAUAUUUGUCAACCUGUUACCAAAAUAACCCCACAACCCACUAUAUUGUCGAGCGAAGAAAAGGAGGGAUUGGAAUGGGGAUUAUGGGGAGUCUGUGGUAAAGAGGAGGAAGGCAGAAGAGUCGGUGUUUUCCCUCCAGAGGUUUUUGCCAGAGGCCUGUCGUCUCCCGCGCCAUCUUGACGCGUCUGAAAUUUCUUUUUCCGCCUGCCUGGUUUUCUUUGUAGCAACUUUGCCCCACCACCUGCCUCCUCUCUCUGCCUCCACCCGUCCGCUGUUUGACCAUGGUGUAUUUUUUUGUGCAAGGAUGGAAAUGUCCCCCUAUCUCUCUCGCCCCCCCCCCGCUCACACUGCCUCACUUGUAAUGGGGGUCACUUAGUCCAUAAAGGGGUCUCUGGUAGCAUCAGGAUCUUUUGUCCACAGAAAUAAAUACCACCCACCCCGGUCUCCCCUCCUGUCUUUGAAACUUUCAUCCCCGCCUUUUCCUCCCAUCACUGUUGUGUUCCCCAAAAUUCUCCCUUGCUUUGGGAUGCUUCCUUGACUGGCUUGCUUCUUAAGUUUUAGGCUUCCCUGUGGGGUGUCCUUUUGCUGGGGGGGGGGUGGGAUAUGCAAAGUGCCUUUAAGGCUGUGUUUCUGCAUGAGAGAGGCAGGGAGGAGAAACCUGGAGUUUCCUGCCAGCUCCUUGGAAGUUGUGCUGUGCCCAGAUUAAAAAGUGAAAAGAACCCAGCAGCCCAAGCCUUAAAAGGAUUAGUGAAAAGGAGAGAGCGAGAAGGAAGGGUUUGUGUGUGUGUGUGUGUGUGUGUUGGGAUUGUCAUUAAAGUUCAUCCAGUCUUAAGCUGCUGGGAUUUGAGCCACAUGUAUCCGAAGUAAUGGCCAGCUGUCUUUAGGGCCUCGUUUGGUCAUCUGCACGUUUAUUUAAACUGGUUAAAUCCCACUCAAGUCAAUAGGAGUUCGGAGGCCUCGCUGGGAGUGGGAUUGCAGCCAGAAAAGCAUUAAGCUGGAUUCUGGAAACACUAAUCUGUGUUUUAGAGAGUGAGUGUGAAUACUUUUUGUUUUGUUUUGCUCAAACGUGAGCCCGGUGGGUUGGAACUCUCAAGCAUAUCAUGCACUCGGGGAAAAGUUGUGUCACACCGAUGGUGCACCUCCCAUUUUCGUCCCUUCUGUAAGCAGCUGCUUUAGGGUGGGUUGUUGUGUUUUUCAAAAGGAGGUAAAAGUCAUAGAUGGGAGAGAGACGUGCAGGAGAAUAUUAACAGCAAGUCCCAUUUCUUUGCAUUUCGUGAUCAAAGAUAGGUCCGGAAGUUUAAAGAACGAUGGGUGAAAGCUGUGGGACUGAAUGUUUUGGCGUGUGUUAAUAAAUGUCUUCUUGCUCGGCCCCAUUCGCCCAUGUCAUGUGACCCACAGAAGGUCGCCAAGAAAAUCUGUUUGAAAAAGUUUUUCUGCCUUUGAAGUGGUCCCUAGUUUAGGCAAGCAGUCGCAGCCAUGUCCUGUGCAAGUUUGCUCAGACAUCAUCUCCACAAAAUUCAGUGGGGCUUGUGCAGACAAUUGGAUCCUGUGCGUGCUUCCUUGGGAGGGAGACCAACUGAGUAUAUUGGCAUUUGAUUCUGAAUAAAUGUGCAGAAGGCUCCGGCUUUUGGUUUGCUUUCUUCCCGGCAGCGUUCUCCGACCGCUGGUCUGCUCCUGAUAUCUCUGGGCUGCAUCUCCCUAUUUUCCCUGACCUUGCUCACUGGGGCCUUGCUCACUGGGGCUGAUGGGUGUUGGAGUCCACUCGUAUUUGAAAUGUCUCAAGUUAGGGGAAGCACCUUGUGGUUUCCAUAUGAGAUGGAUGUUUUGCUUCUGCAACAUCACCCAAAGCAGAGAUGCUGGGUGGAAGCUUGCAAUUUAAAAGACUGCUUAUGAAACAUGAGUGCUGCAAUCUGUUGUCAGAAGGGAAAAGGCAUUGUUUGUGUUUAUAAACUGAUGCAUGGCGCCAAGAAAAUGGAUAAGGAGAAGUUUAUCUUCUCCUGCUCUCCUACUACCAGAGGGUCAAUUUCAAUUUUCGGUGUUCUUCUGAAGGUGAUUGACAGAAGAUUUGGGGCAGAUCCGUACCAUACCUUUAAAACAUGCCUAACUCACAUUCAAAGCACAUGACUCUGCCUGCCUCACAGAAUCCUGGGAACUGCAACUUCCUCUUCUACAGCUCCCAGCACCCUUGACAAUACAGUCAUACCUCGGGUUACAGACGCUUCAGGUUGCGUUUUUUCGGGUUACGGACCCUCCGAAACCCGGAAGUACCGGAACGGAUUACUUCCGGUUUUGGUGGCCGCGCAUGCGCAGAAGCUCUAUAUUGCGCUAUGCGCAGAAGCACGGAAUCGCAGCCCGUGGGUUCUGAAUGCACCUCCUGCACAGAUCAUGUUCGCAACCCGAGCGUCCACUGUACACAGUCCCCAGGAUUCUUUGGGGGCAAUUUGUGUGCUCUGAAUAUGUGUCGGGUGUACUUUAUAGUGUUGAUCUGUCCUCAGGAACAAAGGGGAAGUACAGGGCAUGUACGUAGUUAAACUAUGGGAUUCUCUGCCAUAAAAUGGUGACAAAGGCCACUGGCCUAGACGGCUUUAAAUUAAAAAAAUUGAUAAGGACAUAAGAGGAGCCAGUGCCUGCCCAAAUACAUUUUGGCACUUGAGGCGAACCACAAAAUGGUGUCCCCUCCCUGCCAGGGAACAAGGGAGCAAUAAAGAGCCACAUCGGGAGCAAGGGUGGGAGGAGACCUCCCAGGUGUGUGCCAUAUCCAUCUCUGCCAGUGCGUCAGUCUCUGCCAGAUGCUUGUCUUGGAGGCUGGAUCUGCUGUCCUGUCAAUCUUGCCGCCUGAGGCAGUCGCCUCACUUUGUCUUAUAAGUGGGCCAGCGCUUAGAGCAGGCACCCCCAACCUGCGGCCCUCCAGAUGUUUUUGGCCUACAACUCCCCUGAUCCCUAGCUAACAGGACCAGUGGUCAGGGAUGAUGGGAAUUGUAGUCCAAAACAUCUGGAGGGCCAAAGGUUGGGGAUGCCUGGCUUAGAGGAUGCCCUGUUAGAUUAGCCCAAGGGCCUGUCUGGUCCUGCCUUCUGUUCUUGCAGUGGCCAACCAGAUAUCGCGAUGGGAAGCCCACGAGGAAAGGACCUGAAUGCAACAGAACUACUUUCCCCACCUGUGGUUUGCAUCAACUGGUAUUCAGAGGCAUAUGAUCCCAAAGAUGAUAAAUGUAUCCAUGGUAACAAGAAAUAAUGGUUAUAUCCUACCUCCGGUUUUUAGAUACGUUAUGCCUCUGAAAUACCAGUUGCUGGGAAAAUAACAGUGAGAGAGGCCUACUGCCCUGGCUGUGUGCUUCUCUGAGGCAACUGGUGGGCCAGAAGGACCACCUGCAGUCGUACCAAUCUUCCUGUACCUUAAGAUCUGUUCCAGAGGCCUUGCUCAGGUGCCUGACAGCUAAGGUGAUCUGUGUGGUGAGGACAUGGAGCAGGGCCUUCUCGGUGAUGGCCCCAUACUUAAGGAAUUCAGUUGCCUGGGAGGACAGUUUGGCUCCUUCCUUUUGGUGGUCCUUGAGAACCUACCUUUUUCUUUGUAUCUUUUUGUGGUUGAUGCAAACUGGACUGCAGAGAUAGCGCUCUAAAUUGCAGGUAGUAUGUUUAUUUUUUUGCCCCCGAUGUGGGUUUCCCAUACAAACUUGAAUUAGGAAAGUGUUCCUAUGAAAUUGGGGUAAUAUGCACUGGAUUUUUUUUCAGGAUGCGUUGGAAAUUAUUUUCUGAUGUGCUAGAGAGAACAAAUUGAGCAUGUUUAAAAACUUGGAAGCUGCUGGGUUAUACUUAUUUGAAGUUUGUGUCCGUUCGUUAUUACUUUAGAAAUGGGAAAAAUAAAACACUGCUUGAUGGGCUUUUGUUCUAGAAUAUUAUGAAAUAAAUUUGGUUUUCUAUAUGUUUUGAAACUAUUCUCCUUGGUGGCUUUUGUUAUUAUUCACAGCUUUAUGAAGAAUGUCUUCUUAAAGUGGCUUAUAAAUCUAUUAAACUUUAAAUUGGGGUAGGAUCUGGAUGCUAAAAUAGGUAGGCCUUUGUACUGAUCCACCAGGGCUCUUUUGAUACAAAUUAGGCUGGUUCUGCAGAUAAUGCUUCAUUGAGGAAGCCAAAAUUUCCAGCUGCAUUUAAUGGAGGACAGUAGUGAGGCCUACACUGAAAAAGCCUGUUGUGGGUCCUUUCGGGUUAAACAAUUAUAAACCAAUUUAAGAAUCUUCUUCCUACGUAUGACAAUGUAGCUAGAAAGCUCAGGCGUUCUCAUACUAAAUCAGGGGCUGUCAGACUUUUUUUGUGGGGCGGCUUGUGGGCACAUUUGUAUUUUUCGAGCAAGAAUCAUGGAUGCGACCCCCUCUGAUCCCUUUUCUUGCGAACUGGAGAGACAGAAAAAGAGAAGGUGUGAAUGCUUUUCCGUGGGAGCCAGUAGAAGUAAUCUGAGCCUUGCAAAGCACCUAAAGGCGAAAGAGGAAGUGGGGGAGAGCGUUGCCUUUUCAACUUCCUCCUUUAGCUCUAUGUACUUUUCCCAGGAGAAAAGAGGGCAAUAGGUGUGCAUAUACUGGUGCUCAGAAGCUUUGUCGAUUCCAGGAGAAGGCCUUAAGGGUCCCACAUUGGUGUAACUGUUGGGCCACAGAGGCCCUGCGUGCAGACCUGUUAGUGAAUUCACGAGACAGGGCCUUUUUGGUGGUGGCCCCCCAGGGCGGAUUUGAUUUAAAUCAAAUCAAUUUAAAUCACUAAUCAGUAAGACUUGAUUUAAAUCUCUUUUUUUUUACAGAAAGACUCAUUCUUGCUGGUAUCAUCUUAAUAUUUACAACCAGAGGAAGGUUUCAUUUUUGGAAUAAUAAAUUUUCAGAGUAGUUUUUACAGUUUUAUUAAAAAAUACAGAUUUGGUUAUACUAUUAGAAAUACAUAGACAGAUAAUUAUGAAAUUAUUGUGAGGUUUAAUAAGUUAACUGUUUAUAUUUGGACAACUUUUCUGCUGUACUUUAUUGGAAGGAGAAAAAUAAUCAAUUGCGUAAUAACAAUUUAAACAAUUUAUUUAACUAAAACAAUAACAUUAUAGCAUAUGUAUUCAUGUUUGUUAACUGAUGUGGUUAAACAAUUUUUUUAAAAAAACCACACACAUUGAGUUUUAGCACACAUGAAAAACUUAAAACAAAUCCUUAUUUCCUGAUGAAUAGCCUUUGAAAUAUAAUGUAACUUAAAUAGAAGACUAUAGAAAGAUUUUUCCUCCAAAAGCAUUUUAUUUUAAAAAUCCAAUGUAAAUUAAAAAAAAUAGAUUUAAAUUUUUUAAAUCCGAUUUUUAUUUCUUUAAAAAAACAUUGAUUUUUAUCCACCCUGGUGGCCCCUCAUCUGUUGGACUCCUUCCCUUGUAGAUGACAUAUUUUGGCUCUGUCCAUAUAGUUGAGCCUUGGAGACAUUCCCAUUUCAAUCUGCCUUUGUUUAGGUAGCUGGGAUGGUUUAAACUUGCUUGUGUUAUUUGCAAGCUGGCUAGCUGUAUGCUGACUCUAUAUGACGGAUGCAAGCAGCCUAGCAUUAUAAUAGGUCCUCUUUUUGUCUUUAUCGUGUUCUGCUAACCCUUUGGCUUUUGGAAAAAAAAAUCCUUAUUUGUAUGUGGUUUUAAAGGUCAGGUUGGUCAUGCUGUCGUGAUUGCAAGCUGCUGUGAAAGGACUUUGGUCCUGAAAAUCAGCAAAAAAAAUUCCAUAUUUUAAAAUUUUGAAAUUGAUUUUCUGCAUCCCAUCUCAGUCUGAACCAUAACCGUACUUGGGGAUCAAGACUGCUCUGGUAGUUGCAGCCGGGUGUGAGGUUUCACCUCUCCCAGCUAGUUGCACCUCUUUCUAGAUAGCAAGAUAGCAUCUAGAUAGAUGCUGUGAUGCAUCCGCUGGUAGUUUCUUGGCUUGAUUACUGCAAUCAGUUGCACAGAGGGCUGGCCUUGAAGACAGUCUGGAAACUGAAGCUGGUCUCGAAUGCAUUGCAUUGGCUGUUGGAAUCAUGGAAUUAUGGGGUGCAAAGGGACCCCAAGGGAGGAAUGUACUAUAUCAGUUUUAUCAGGGUGACUCGUAGAAUUGUAGAGUUGGGACACCAAUGGUCAUCUAGUCCAACCCCAUGCAAUGCAGGAAUAAACACCCUGGCAUAUUUGACUGAGCACCUUCUCCCAUAUGAGCCCCCCUCCAAAGAGAGAGAUUUAAACCAAAUAGAGAUGUCCUGUUGAGAAUCUCACUAAAAUCAGGGCUAUCCUUUGCCAGGAGCAGUGUUUUCUUGCUAGAAUCACAGAAUUUGAUUUGGAAGGGACUACAAGGGUCAUCUAGUCCAACCCGCCCCUCCCCAGCAAUUGAGGAAUCCUGCUUAGUGGAAUCCUUGCUCCUCAUGUGAAACGUCUUGUCUUCAUAUCUUUUUGGCCCCUUUAGGAUGAGAUGCCGAGCAAGAGAUAGUAUUCUUCUUGACUUCGCAAAGUAGGAUUAAUUACAGGGUCAUUUUCUGGUUGUUUUACAACUCGAAUGAAGUGGCUUGGUGUUGUUGCGGUUUAAACGUUUUUGCUGCAAGCCAUUUAAAGUCUAGAAGUGGCACUGAAAUCACGCUAAUUGUACAAAGGGUGUGUAUGCAUGCCAAGUCUUGCCAUUUUUUAAUUAUUCUCCCCUCCCACUGGCUGCCUCACGCAUUUGCACGGGUGUUUUAUUUAUUUUUUGAACCUUUGCCCUGCCGUACCUGGAACCUUUGGGGAGGCUUAGAGCUGCGCCCCUCCCUGAAUGCCAAAGGCAAAUCUUCAUUCCCUCAAGAUCCAGAGCAAGGUAUGUUCUCCCUGCUUAAAAAAACAAAUCUUCGCAAGAAAGCUUAAUUCCUUACCCCCCCCCCCCCACCAGAAGGCUGAGUUGAUGCAGAUGUUCAUAAUUUGCUCAUUUUGCAUAAUUAAUCCUGCUUUGGUUUGGCAAGGAGAAGGGGGAAGUUAUGCAAUGCACUGACAUUCUUCUGACAAUUGCUUGAAAGGCUAAUUGGCCACACCUGUCUCUAGUCUCUAAAACUUCUGGCUCACAUUGCUCAUAUUAUUUAAGGGAACCUUGCAGUUAAGCACUAGCCUGGUUACCGCAGACACGUGCAUGGAAGCAAGUGUGUAGACUGGCAGAGGAAAGACAGCAUUGUCCAUUCUUUUCCUGUCCCCAGCACAGAAACCAGAGUGAGCUGCUAGAGCAGGGGUGAAGAUUUUUGGCUCCAGGGACAGCCUGCUUGUCAAUCAUGUGACAUCAUAAUGACAUCACGCCGGGCACUCGUAAACCACAGUGCAAGGGGCGUUGCCAGUCCUGCGCUUGGUAGUGCAGGAAAGAGGCUUGCAAGUCGAUGCUGCAAAAAAACUGGAGCUGCUUGCUUUGGCUGUGUGGGCCUGUGCUUAGCAAACAACAGACAUGCACAGCCAAACUGAGCAGGAUUUAAUCCCUGCUCGUUGGGAUUUGGCUGUGAGCGCCUGUUCGCUGCCGGAAACUUGCCUGUGCAACUCAAAAUUGGACCUCACCCUCCCACCCAGCAGCUGAUGUCAUGAGUGAUGUCAGCUGAUUGACAGGUGGGGAGGGUUGGGGGACAUGGCCUUUGCAGGCCAAAAUGGUGGGCCAAAAGCUUCCCAUCCCUGUUUCGGAAGAAAAAAGCUCCCACCUGCACAGUGAGCAUGUAAACACAGCGGGUAAACCAUCUGCAGGUCCUCAGUAGGCUAGUAAACAUUUUUAUAGGCUAGUAACUUUUAGGGCCUUAUGCCCCAGGCUGCUUUAUGUGCAUCUUCAUAACCAUGAGGUCCAGAAACUUGCUUUUGCUGGCUGCCUUUUUGAGCGCAGAGUUGUGCAGUUCUUGGAACGAGGGAGAAUGUCAUCGGGCCUGCCCCUAGCUCUGAGACAAGCCACAGUCGCAGUCCAGCUUUGGGUGUGGGCAGGCAAGAUGAGCGAUAGAUGUGAAGAAGAGAGUUCAAGGCAGGCGGAAGGUCAAAUUCCAAGGCUUGGAGUGGCCAGAAGCAGAUGUGAGGUCAAAGGCAGGUAGAGGGAUUUACUGGGCUUGGUGCAUCCUGGCUGGCAUAGAGAGUCGACAGGCACUCUUCAAGCUGGGAAGGUCACCUGAGUCUCUCUUCAGGCCAGGUCCACAUCCACAUAGGACACCCUUUUCCUUAAGGCCUGGUCUCCUAGGGAGCAGGUGGUGCAGGAAGCUAAGGCACUGAAACCUGUCUGUUGGUGGCGUUGGUUUGAGAGCCCCGUUGGUGCCUGAGGGUGGGUCUGUACGGCAGCUGCACCUACCUCUGGGGCAAGCAUGUUUCUGCACCAAACUGGGUGCAUCAACACAAGCACUCAGCCCACCAGGGAAGUGUACAGAAGUUUUGUACAGAAGAGCAAUAAAUAUACUAGUUUUGUACAGGAGUGCAGCCUUUCCUUCUGAGUCAGGGGAAACCCAUCCCUUCCUGUCCACAUCAGAAGCUGGCUGUGCCCUGUGCUGAUUGGCUGGCCCCUACGAUGUCACCUGUUCCCAUCAGAAACCGGCUGUGCCCUGUGCUGAUUGGCUGGCCCCUAUGAUGUCACUUCUUCACCUCUGCAUCACCUGUCCUGGCCGGUUUUUAAGCUAUUUCUAAAAGGCAGGUUGUGCGUGUCUCUGUGUAAUGUGAUGUUUAUUUUAUCUCAUGAACUGCCCUGAGAUAUUUGGAUGAAGGGCGGUAUAUAAAUUUAACGAAUAAUUAUUUCUCAUCAAAAAACAUUUAAAAGUGAUCCCAUACUGGUGCACAUCAGAUGUGGUAAGCCUCUGGGCUCCCGGAUGUUUUGUUGUUGUUUAGUCAUUUAGUCGUGUCCGACUCUUCGUGACCCCAUGGACCAGAGCACACCAGGCACUCCUGUCUUCCACUGUCUCCCGCAGUUUGGUCAAACUCAUGCUGGUAGCUUCGAGAACACUGUCCACCCAUCUCGUCCUCUGUCGUCCCCUUCUCUUUGUGCCCUCCAUCUUUCCCAACAUCAGGGUCUUUUCCAGGGAGUCUUCUCUUCUCAUGAGGUGGCCAAAGUAUUGGAGCCUCAACUUCAGGAUCUGUCCUUCCAGUGAGCACUCAGGGCUGAUUUCCUUCAGAAUGGAGAGGUUUGAUCUUCUUGCAGUCCAUGGGACUCUCAAGAGUCUCCUCCAGCACCAUAAUUCAAAAGCAUCAAUUCUUCAGCGGUCAGCUUUCUUUAUGGUCCAGUUCUCACUUCCAUACACCACUACUGGGAAACCAUAGCUUUAACUAUACGGACCUUUGUUGGCGAGGUGAUGUCUCUGCUUUUUAAGAUGCUGUCUAGGUUUGUCAUUGCUUUUCUCCCAAGAAGCAGGGGUCUUUUAAUUUCGUGACUGCUAUCCUGGAUGUUUACUGAACUACAACUCCCACUUCCCUCAUCGUUGGCUUUCCUUCUUGCGGCUGAUGGGAGUUGUCGUUUGGCAACAUCAGGAUGACCAAAGGCUCCUUACUCCUGAUCUACAUGAGUGUUGGUGGUACCUUUUUAAAAUUUAGGAAAAGCAUGUGGUUUGCCCACCUAAAGUUUAGGGUGCGUGGAUGGAAUAGGGGAAUAUAAGAAACUGCUUCAUUCUGAGUCAGACCAUCGACUCCCCCAGGUCAGUGUAGUCUACACUGACUGGCAGCAGCUGUGCAGGAUUUUAGGCAGGGGACAUUUCCCCCUCGCCUGUUACCUGGAGAUGCCAAGGAAUUGAACCUGGGCCUUCAGCGCUGGGCGCAGAUGCUUCUCCGCUGAGCUGCUGCCCUUCCCCAAAAGACAUAAAUUAGAAAGAACAUAAAUUAGCUGCGUUUCCCAUGGCUGGAAAGAGCAUCUGUUGCUUUCAUUGUUAAGGUGGGAGGCAAGGCCCGGCGUCCUCCACAGGAGGCAAAAUGUGCCACGGCUCCUUUAUUUUUAGAGAUCCAUAUGCUCGCCUGCAUCUGGAGGAGCUGCAAUGGCUUUCCUCACAGUGUAUACAUGGGAAUCUGUUGUUUCGUGGUGAACGUUGCUCUCUUGUCGGGGUCCGCGGCGUCUUCGCAGAUGCCGAGCUGGGCCCCUUGAUAGUAAAAGAGACUUAAAAAUGAGGCUGCCAUCUGAAUCUCCCAUGAUGCCAUCCUCACCACGGAGUUAACAUUAUAUUAAAAAUGGGAGCUCUUUUAAAAAAAAUAAAUAGUGUUUUUAUUAGGGUUUAUGAAGAAAAAUACAAGGAUUAUUGUCAUUGGAAGCUUCUCAGGCCCAGCAGUACAGGCCUCACGCCUUGUUUUGGCUGAGAUAGGAUAGGCCAGCUUCCCAAGGGUGAGAGGUGCUCAGAAGUGGCUUUAUAUUUAUUUGUUUUAGAUCAAAUGUGGGGAAGCUUCAGCCUUCCAGGUGUUGCUGAACUACAACUCCCAUCAUCCCUUGUCCUGGACCAUGCUUGCUGGGGCUCAUGAGAGGUGGAGUUCAGCAACCUCAGGAGAUCCAAAGUUUCCUCACACCUGGCCUGGGCUUAUCCUUGGAGUGGAACCUUUCUGAACCUAGAAAUCAUAGAAUUGUGACCCUGAGGGUCAUCUAGUCCGAUGGAAGAACGUAGUACUGAGCUAACAUGUACAUUACGACUGUCACAGCCCAGCGGGUUGGUCUAGAUGACCCUUGGCAUCCCAGCUCUACAAUUCUGUGAUUCCAAUAUAUGUAUAUUUAACCCUGUAGACCAGGGAAGAGUGUCUUUCUGAAAGGAGGAAUGGGAUGGUGGAAGGCAGGAUCCACAGACCCCUUUUGUUUUAUGGAGGACACUUUUUUAAAAUAAAAAACACGGUUCAAUCUUGAAUGUGUUCAAGAGUGGCACUCCAUUGGAUCUUGCUGAAUUUCGCUUGUUCCCCCUCUUUAUCUUUAGCCUGCGAAACCUGGCAGUUAAAUUGGUGCCCUUGGCAGCUGCGGUUGUGAAAUGGUGCCCUUGAGGAGAUCUGGCAGCUGCAAAGGCUGUGCAAGUUGCAAUAAAACAAAAUAAAUGCAAAUUGGGCCUGUUUAAAUCAACGCACCUCUUUUGAUUGAACAUAAAACAGGUCCUAUAGGCCUGUAAUUGGGAGAGUGUGGUCAUGUGUGAAUAAUUUGGAUGUCUGACAUGAGAGGCCAGGCAGAAACAGGCAGGAUGGGGAUGGGGUAGGACUUAGUGCAGUUUAGCAUUUAUUUAGUUAUUAUUCCAUUUCUAUCCCCCCCUUUUCUCCCAAGGAGCUCAAUCAAGGUGGUUUCCCCUCUGCCCCACUCCUUUUUUGUCCACACAACAGUCCUGCGAGGGAGGCUAGGCUGUGACAGGUAACUCUUAAUCUCAGGGUUGUGGGUUUGAGCCCCACAUUGGACAAAAGAUUCCUGCCUUGCAGGGAGUGGGACUAAGCUGACUCUUCAAACUCUUAUGAUUCUGUGAAUUUGAAAAGGGGGAACUGUGGGCAAAUGCCGCGGGGGGUAAAAGAAGCAAAAAGGGUUUUUUUGGUGGGUGGAGGAAGGAGUUGAGAUGGCCACAUGACCUCUGCUUAAAAACCUCCAAGGAAGCAGAAUUGAUUUAUUACAAGGAGACGUUAUGAAGAGGCUGGGCUGGAGUGGCAAAGAGCUUCGGCUAGGGACUUUCUUGAUAAAAUUUAGUGCUUGGCCAUUAACUCCCAGUUCAGAUGGGCCUUUGGGGCUACAUAAACUGCGGUCUGUGAAGCCAGGAAGGAGCACUGGUGUGGAGAGAGCUCAUUCCUCUCUUCCUUCGCAAUUGGCACAAAGAUCCUGGCUUGUUUUUAAGCCGGAGUUCCCUGGUUCAAAUGGAGGGGAGCAGUGUUCAGCCCCGAGACCCUUUGGCGCCAUAAACCAUGGUUUGUGAAGCCUCAAACAGUAAUCUGAACUGUAUAAACAAACCACUGUCAACCCCCAGCCCUCCCUCCACAUACAGUAAGAGUAUCAAAGCAGUUGACAUAGUUUUGCUGUUCCUGUAUUGCAGAGGGUUGGACUAGAUGACCCUUGGGAUCCCUUCCGAUUCCACAAUUGUAUAAUACGCGGGUGGCGCUGUGGGUUAAACCACAGAGCCUAGGACUUGCCGAUCAGAAGGUCGGCGGUUCAAAUCCCCGUGACGGGGUGAGCUCCCGUUGCUCGAUCCCUGCUCCUGCCAACCUAGCAGUUCAAAAGCACGUCAAAGUGCAAGUAGAUAAAUAGGUACCGCUCUGGCAGGAAGGUAAAUGGCAUUUCCGUGCGCUGCUCUGGUUCGCCAGAAGCGGCUUAGUCAUGCUGGCCACAUGACCCGGAAGCUGUACGCCGGCUCCCUCGGCCAAUAAAGCGAGAUGAGCACCGCAAGCCCAGAGUCAGCCAUGACUGGACCUAAUGGUCAGGGGUCCCUUUACCUUUUAAUUCACAGCAGUUUGACUUCACCCUCAGUGGCGCACUCCAUUGUAUGUCGAGACUGAUGGUUGCCAACAAAAUUUGCAGAGUCUGUUGAAAGCAUUACUGAGAUAAUCCACGUGAGGCUCUUCAAACCAGCUCUUAUGAAAACCCCAAACAUGGAUUUUAUUAAGAUACAGGGACCCAAAAUAACAUGCUUUUAGGUAAAACAUGUUGGCCGGAGCUGGUGGGAGUUGUAGUUUGAAGCGCCAGGUUGGGGAGGCCUCUUGCAGAGGUAGAUUCACCCUGAUAGUUAUCGCUCAGCCUCCUCUGGGCGUUCCUGCCACUCCUCAGCUGUUAACACUCAGCCGUAAGUUUGGUGUUGAAUUACUGCUGGAAGUCCAGCGGUCGUUUGCAGCUACCUCCCCAAGGAUGCUUGAAAAACACAGUCGGGAUGGCUCUGGAUUUUAUCUUCGCAGCCAGAGAGAGGUGGCUAUUUAUAGAGCAUCCUCUUAAAAAGGGAGCAGCAGGGGAAAUACCUUUUAUUAGGACCAAGUGGAAACAUUGCAGAGACCUAAAGUAACACCCCUGCGUACAUUCUUAACUGGUGUAUGGGAUUAUGGGAUAGCUGAUCCUCUCUUCACCUUGGGGGACUGUGAACGGGAGAUUUUGGUGUUCUAACACCAUGCGUUCUAACACCAUGCAGUGGGUGGAAAGGCAGGGAGCACGCUAGGAGCAAAAGGUGCUGCCUUACAUCAUUGGUGCAUCUAGCGCAGGGUUCACACGCUGUGUGCCACGGCCCAGCAGUGGCCCACGAGUUUCAUUCAGGAGGUCCACAGCAUGUCUGUGAAGGGUAGCAGGCCCUGCUCCUGCUUCAUCAUUCUUGGAAUCCAGAAAUCUUCCAGGAAGGUGAACAGGAUGGCCCUAAAGUGACUAGGGGGAAGUGACCCUGAGAUCAUCGUCUGAGGCCCUCCUUCGUGUGCCGCCUCCUUGAGAGGUCCAGAGCAUGGCAACACAAGAACAGGGCCUUCUCAGCAGUGGCUCCCCAUCUGUGAAAUGCUUUCCCCAUGGAAGUUCACCUGGCGCCUUCAUUACACACCUUUAGGUGCCACGCAAAAACGUUCUUUUUUAACCAGGCCUUUGGUUGAUCCUAUGCCCUUUUAAAAUGUGGUGGGUUUUUUUGGAGGGGGGGGGACUAUUGAGUUGUGAUUUUUUAUUUUUAUUAGGUAUUUUGUGGUUUUAUAUCUUGAUUUUAUUCUGUGAACUGCCCUGAGACCCCCGGGUACAGGGCAGUAUAUAAAUUCAAUAAAUAAAAAUAAUACAAAUAAUAAAUAAUAGGGGGACGAAGCACUUGAGAGAAGUGGAGAAGAUCGGAAGCCAAGUUAACGGGAGGCUGGAGCUAAAAGUUUGAACCUUAACUCCGUUAAAAACCACGCAGCAUCUAGCACAGUGCAUUACAGCUAUAAUAAUAAUAAUAAUAAAAAUAAUAAUAAUAAUAGAUUUUAUUUAUAUCCCGCCCUCCCCAGCCAAAGCCGGGCUCAGAGCAGCUAACAACAGUAAAAUGAUAAAACAUUCUAAAAUCAUUUCAUUAUAAAAUUAAUUCAGUCAGAAAUUAAUAUAACAGUCAGAAAAAUCAUUUAGUGGUCCUCAGCAAUUUUUAAGGGGAAAUAUUUGGGAACCGCAGGUCUACACUGAAUGGCAGUGGUUCUCCAGGGUUGCAGGAAAGGGAGAUGCUGGAGAUCAAGCCUGGGACCAGUGUUAGAAAUUAGAAAUUAGGCGUGUUUUGUGACGGGUGCGGAUCCAGUUGUGAACAUGGGGAAAUCCCUAGGUCCCAGGCUGGUGAGUGGGGGAAGCAAAUGUCACUUAGAGAAGGAUGCGAAAUAUAUUUUUCUUGACGCUUGAAUUUGUUUUAUUCUGGAUUGUUUUGUUUGAUGUUUUAAUGUGUCGUAAACCGCUUUGAGAUUUGUUCUUUAAAAUAUAAAGUGGUAUAGAAAUAAUAGUAUUAAUAGCGCCUAGACAUUCAAUUGAGGCGAUUGUAACCUAGGUUUAAGGUGCCCUUUGGCAAUGAGAGUACAGUGGUACCUCGGGUUAAGUACUUAAUUCGUUCCUGUGGUCCGUUCUUAAUCUGAAACUGUUCUUAACCUGAAGCACCACUUUAGCAAAUGGGGCCUCCUGCUGCCGCCACACCGCCGGAGCACGAUUUCUGUUCUCAUCCUGAAGCAAAGUUCUUAACCCAAGGUACUAUUUCUGGAUUAGUGGAGUCUGUAACCUGAAGCAUAUGUAACCCGAGGUACCACUGUAUCCGAGUUUCUUACACUUCCUAGGAUGUUCUGCACACAAGUCAAACGUUCUGCCCUUAAGCUAUGCUCCUUCCUGUACCUUCCCCAUUUCCCAUUGCCCUCUGCUAGUUGCGAGUAUUAACUUCUGAAGUGGAGAGCCUUUUUCUGCUUGUGUAGGUUCUCUGCUUGAUUUAGUCCCCUGGCUGUCCAGGAUCCUAAAUUGUGUAGGGGACCUAGAUGAGUAGAGCAAUAUCCCCUGCUGCUGGUAUUUUGCCUUCAGCUGGUGGAAAGGGAUGAGGGGAGGGCAGAGUUAGUGCCCCACUCUCCCUUGGGGCAAUCGUAAUCUCCCCGAGGAUUAGAAUGCCAGAAUGGGACUCAAGAGGCUCAUAAAUCUUCGCUGCAAAAAGGAUGCCUGUUUGUCCUUUGUUGAUAACACAGCUGUGAUUAUAGUGAGGUAUAAAAAUAGCAGCUGCAAUAAACACUCUUAAAAUGCACUGGGUGAUAGUUUAACAUCAGUCAAAUUCGGGGCAGAUCCAUUAAAAUCCUUGCACUGAAAUAACUCAGUGAUGUAGCUGGAUAGCCCCCUUACUAACUUUAUUUACUUUUUUUUGCAAUUCAUCCCCGAAUAUGAGUGGGACUUUGAUCCUUGUUCACCUUCCUGCACACUAGCAGAAAAGGAUUUACCGUAUUUUUCGCCCUAUAGGACGCACUUUUUCCCCUCCAAAAAUGAAGGGGAAAUGUGUGUGCGUCCUAUGGGGCGAAUGCAGGCUUUCGCUGAAGCCUGGAGAGCGAGAGGGGUCAGUGCACACCAACCCCACUCGCUCUCCAGGCUUCAGGAGAGCCCCACCGCCAGCCCCACAAGCUCGGGGGACAGCGGGAGAGGCGCUGCGCCUUUCCCGCUGUCCCCCGACUUGGUUAGAAGACUGGCGGGGGGGAGAAGCCUGCUCCUCCCCGUCGCCAGCCCCGCAAACUCGGGGGACAGCGGGAGAGGCGCAGCGCGCCAUCUCGCUGUCUCCCCACCUGGUUUGGAGGCUGGCGGAGGGCUUCCCCCUCCCCCAGCCCCACAAGCUCCCAGAGCGAUGCCAAAGCUGCACGCAGCUUCGGCAUCGCUCUGGGUCCCGUUCUGGGGGCUGGCGUUGGGGGAAGCUCGGGCUUCCCCUGCCCCAGCCCCGUGCCUGGGGGGGAGAAAUAUUUUUUUUUUCCUUUAUCCCCCCCCCCCCCCAAAUCUAGGUGCGUCCUAUAGGGCGAAGAAUACAGUAUUCCUCCCCGCCCCUUCUCUUCCUCCAAUUUAAAUAUGUUUUCAGUGCCGGAGGAAAAAUCUGUAGGGAAACAGCAGCGAAUUCACUCCCCUCUGAAAUGAACUUUCAAGGAGCAGAAUUUGGGUCUUUUAUAGUAGAAGUUAAUACAGGGGUGAACUACUGUUUCAAUAAAAGUACCUACCUUAUGCCAGGUAAGCCUAUUUGUCUGUUUAGCCCAAUAUUGCCACUUCUUGACAGGCAGUGGCUCUCUGGGAUCUGAAGCAAAAGUUUUUCCCCAUCACCUCCACCCUGAGCCUUUUAGCCAUAGAUGCUGGGGUUUGACCUAGGGUCCUUUUGUAUGCAAAGCAUAUCCAUUCUCUCUCUCUUUCUCUCUCUCUCCUUAUAAUGUGCCACACCACCUGAAGGUCUGCUAUCAUGAGCAUACAUAGGCAAUGCUCUAUUGGCAAGAGUUCUAGGCGGUUUGCAACUUGGAUCGCUCUUCCCGGUUCUCCUACUGGUUAAACAUAUUUUUUGAGUUGCUUCAGAAACCCACCAAACCUCUUCAACCAGAAAAGAGGGUUGGGUGAAAGGCACAGGGUUGUGCACAAAUGUCAUGUAAAAACAAGACUUUGGGAGCUUAAACUGAGAGGUGCCGGAAGGAUCAACGCUUGUCCUUUUUUUUUUCUCUUCCCGAGUCAAGUGAUAUUUAUCUGUUGUGUUUUGGAAAAAUCCUGGACAACUGCGCAGUUUUCAAAAUGCUGUUCUCUACAUCUUGUCAGGUUAAAGUUGCUGUAUUCAGCAUAAUAUGUUGUAUAGUUCUUUAUAAUCUUACUAAAGGUAAAGGGACCCCUGACCAUUAGGUCCAAUCACGGACGACUCUGGGGUUGCGGCACUCAUCUCGCUUUACUGGCCGAGGGAGCCGGCGUACAGCUUCCGGGUCAUGUGGCCAGCAUGACUAAGCCGCUUCUGGCGAACCAGAGCAGCGCACGGAAACGCCGUGCCUAUUUAUCUACUUGCACUGUGUGCUUUCGAACUGCUAGGUUGGCAGGAGCAGGGACCGAACAACAGGACCAAACCCCACUGCGGGGAUUUGAACCGCCAACAUUCCGAUUGGCAAGCCCUAGGCUCUGUGGUUUAACCCACAGCGCCACCCGCGUCCCAAUAAUCUUAUUAGAACAGUGUUAAGAACAGAAUGAACAAAAAGACCCAUGUACUUGGCAACAGGAUUUUCUCCCGUGGGGUGAGUUCAGUUUUCCCCGGCCUUUGCCGGUGCAUUUGACAGGCGCGCUUUCCAGUGUUUCAAGCAGUGGUGCAUUCCCCCCCCCCACCUCAUGCUUCUAUAGGGGCUACCAGAAGGGACGGGGGUGGCACUGUGGGUUAAACCACAGAGCCUAGGACUUGCCAAUCAGAAGGUCAGCGGUUCGAAUCCCUGCGACGGGGUGAGCUCCUGUUGCUCGGUCCCUGCUCCUGCCAACCUAGCAGUUCGAAAGCACGUCAAAGUGCAAGUAGAUAAAUAGGUACCGCUCCGACGGGAAGGUAAACGGCGUUUCCGUGCGCUGCUCUAGUUCGCCAGAAGCGGCUUAGUCAUGCUGGCCACAUGACCCGGAAGCUGUAUGCCGGCUCCCUCGGCCAAUAAAGCGAGAUGAGCGCUGCAACCCCAGAGUCGCCCACAACUGGACUAAUGGUCAGGGGUCCCUUUAACUUUACCUUAAGGCUACCAGUGGCUACUAUCCAUGGUGGCUGACCGUUCUUCCACUGUGCCUAUGGCUAGUCGUUUUCGUGAAAGCCCUCCCGAUGCCUCGCCCCAAUCCUGCCCCAUGUUAAUAUGUAAUAUGUAUGAGGGGGAAACUUUGCCAUAUUGGGGUGGGCAUAUUGGCCUCGGGCAUCAAAAUAUCUCGAGCCCCACUCCCCAUAGGAGAGAGCACUUUGCCUCCCAAUUUCCUUCUGUUCUUUUUUGUGGCUCACAUGGGACUUUGAGGCCUGACCAGAUGGAGAGUAUUUUUCUCUGGCUCCAAGCCCCCAUUUUUCCUCUUGCAUUGGAGGGGAGGCUCUGGAGGAGUUGGGGUGUGUGUAAAAUAGCUGGUGUGGUUGCUUUCAUUGCUUUUCUCACUUAGGUCUGUCUGGUAACUCCACCACAGGGGUAGGCAACCUAAGGCCCGGGGGCCGGAUGCAACCCAAUUGCCUUCUCAAUCCGGCCUGCUGACGGUCCGGGAAUAGGCAUGUUUUUACAUGAGUAGAAUGUGUGCAUUUAUUUAAAAUGCAUCUCUGGGUUAUUUGUGGGGCAUAGGAAUUCGUUCAUUUCCUCCCAAAAAAUAUAGUCCGGCCCACCACAUGAUCUGAGGAACAGUGGACUGGCCCGCGGCUGAAAAAGGUUGCUGACCCCUGCUCUACCGCCUAAUCUCUGCAGUUUGUCAGACCCUCUGUUGUGUCCCCCCCCCCAAAGUGAGUUUACUACGUUAUGCCAACUGACUGCUGAAAGCCACAUUUGCCAUAUUUAGGGCCUGCAGCCCCCCAACACCAUCCGUUUAAAGCACUGCAAUAGAUGCCACAUUAAACAGUCGUGGCGUCCCUCAAAGAAACCUGGGAACUGUAGUUGGUACGGAUGCUGAGAGCUAGAAUUCCCAGCAGUACUUGGGAAGAGGGAUGAGCUGUUAAGCCACUCUGGGAGGGGAAUAUACCACUUUAAACAGCCAUGGCUUCCUGCAACCCAGAGCCACAAUUUCCAGAGUGGUUUAAGAGCUUGUCCCUCUUCCCAGUAACCAACUACAGUUCCCAGCUUUCUUGGGGAGUGUUUAAAGUGGUCUGAGAGUGCUUCAGCUAUUCAGUGUGAACGUGGCUGGUCUCUUUAACAGGACUUGGAGGCGCAGCUAUAGGCCUGGAGAUCCUGUCUGGCGCCGGGCCAUGGAUUUCUGCCCAGCAAAGUUCUCUUAAAGGGACAGGAGUAGGCAAGGUGGUUUCUUGCUUCGGGUUUUGUUGUUGGCAGCCCUGUUACUCCUUUUUUAAACAUUAAACUGGCCCCCUGCUGCUGUGCUGUGUUUUAGGGUCGGCCUGACCUACAGACGUUUUGGCCGGUGAAGACACCCGGCUGCUAAAUAUAUGCGAGAUCAACAAAGAGUCUUGCGACACCAGGGGUCGCUAACCUUGCGGGGCGGGGGCCGCAUGCCGGGAAGAGGGCUGUCGCUCCCCUCUUUGCUUAUCAAAUGAUUGAUAUUUGAUCAUAUCAAUGGUCAGGGCGGGGUGAAACGACCGGCCACCCUUCUUGAAUUUUUGUGUGGCUUUGCCUCCCAUCGCCAGCAUUUGUAGGGUCUUUGGGAUGGGGAGAGAGCAAGAAACGCUCACUGGGCCGGACUGAGCUUGCCACCCCUGCCUUAGAGAGCAAAAUAAUUAGGGCCUGAAAGCUCAGUGCCAUAAUAAAUCAAGUCUGGGGUGCCGCCAGAGUCUUGGUUCUUUUUCCUCCGUGGAAAAUGUGGAUCAGGUGGCAAUUCAAAGCCAAAACAGAGCCAGUCCCUAAACGGAGGCAGCUUUGACAUUGAAGGUGGUGUUUUGGGGGGGGGGUUGAGUUAGGGGGCCCUAUUUUUCCCCCUUUCUCUCCUUGGGAUCCUCAAUAUGUUGCUUCUUUGGCUCAACCUUGGGCCUCUUUUCUGCUCUUUCUUUCUUUCUUCUUUCUCACUCCCUUCCCCCCCAUAUCUCUGUGUCUGUCUGCCAAAAGUUGCUACCCCCUUUCUGGGCCCGCCGUCGCCGUAGCAACGACCUCGGGGUGACCUAGUCUCCUGCCAAGCGACAAAAGAGGAAGGAGGCACCAGGAGGGGGGAGGGAGGAGGGGAAGCCCACCAAGGAAGGGCAGGAAAGGGGGGCUGGGAAUGCCUGUGUGUGUGUGAACAUGGCCGCCCCACCGUUAACUCCUUCCUUCCCCCUGCCGUCUACCUUUUUAGGACUGAGCAUCCGAAGCUCCCAGGAGGAGGAGCCGGUGGACCCCCAGCUGAUGCGCUUGGACAAUAUGCUGCUGGCCGAGGGAGUGGCCGGCCCAGAGAAAGGGGGUGGGUCUGCAGCGGCGGCAGCAGCGGCCGCGGCAGCAGGGGGGGUGUCCCCAGAUAACUCAAUUGAGCACUCCGAUUACCGCAACAAGCUCUCCCAGAUCCGCCAGAUCUACCAUUCGGAGCUGGAGAAAUACGAACAGGUAAGGAUGGUGGUGGUGGUGAUUAUAUACGUUGUAUUCCUGCCCUGCGUUUCUCCCAAGUUGGGACUCCCGGCGGCUUCCACCAUGUUCAAGGACACCCAUUAUAAAAUGCAAAAGCAAGCCAGUUAACAAUGAAUAGUUGGAACCACACUGAAACACGUUUGGGGCGCCAGUUUAAAAUCCAGCUUGUUUGGCAGUCGAUUGGCGGCGCAGCAGUUUUCAAAGGCCUGUCUGAACAGGAAGUUCUUACUAUACAAAACAAGGAGGGAGACAGACGCUUCUAACAUCUCUUGGGAGCAGUGUUGGAAACUCAGAUGUGUAAACUAGGUGCCAAACGGCAUCUUAAAUAAUAAAUAAUAAUAAAAUAAAAUUUUAUUUAUAUCCUGCCCUCCCCAGCUGAAGCCGGGCUCAGAGCGGCUAACAACAGUAAAAUAAUACAGCAUUCUAAAAUCAAUUCAUUAUCAAAUCAGUUCAAAUCAAAUUGAUGGCAACCAUUAGGCUAGAGUUCUGUGAAGAAUUACCAAAUCUAGGUUACACUCAGCACAAUGGAAUGACUAUUUACCAGGAGGUUGAAAUGGGUGACCAUUGGGGUCCCUUCCAUUUCUACAAUUGUAUAAGCUCAACUACAUUGCUUGAUUGUAGCUUGCUCUUCCAACAAUUCACUUGAGCCAGUAUGCAAAAGGAGAAACACACACAGUGGAAGUGGAAAUGGUAUUAACUAUGGACUUAAGGCAGAGGUUUUUAAACGGUGGUUGCCCACCUGGUGCCCAGAAAUUUCCCAUGUCGUCACAAUUGGACCCAUGCCAGUAGUGAAACGUACCUGGCUAAUUUCCAACACUGCUUGGGAGGGAAUUCCAUAAUAUUGGAGCAACCCGGAAUAGGUUUCCGCUCUCGCCACCUCCAAGAGUCCAACGUUGGUGGGAUCAAGAGAAGGGGCUCACCCAAGGAUCUUAGCACCUGGUCAGGUUCAUAUAGAGAGAUCCGAUCUUUCAGAUAGCCUGGGAUAAAACCAGAUAGGGCUUUCUGGUCAUAACCAGGUAAGGAUGUGAUUACCAUUAUUGCUAUUAUUUAUUAAAUUUGUAUACCACCCUUCAUAAGAAGAUUGCGAGACGGAUCACAACAUAAAAAUGCAAAAGGAGAACUAAAAAUACAUAAUAAAACAUCUGGGUGGGGCACAGGUCCCCUACAUUUACAUUAGGAGUUGGGGGCAGGGAUUUUUUUUGUGGGGGGUAUUAAUAUUCCUUGGGUUUGUGUAUUGGAGCUCCUACUCCUCCAACUCAGCCUCUUCCCCUUUCUCACCUGCUCCUCGUCAGGCCUGCAACGAGUUUACGACACAUGUGAUGAACCUCCUUCGGGAGCAGAGCCGCACGCGCCCCGUGUCGCCCAAGGAGAUUGAGCGCAUGGUCAGCAUCAUCCACCGGAAGUUCAGCUCCAUCCAGAUGCAGCUGAAGCAAAGCACCUGCGAGGCUGUCAUGAUCCUGAGAUCCCGCUUCCUCGAUGCCAGGUUACUUCACCUACUUCACCUAUAUCUGAAGUGGUUUUUUGUUUUUUGUUUUACCUUACCUUUGGGACAGGGUGGCGCUGUGGGUUAAACCACAGAGCCGAGGGCUUGCCGAUCAGAUGGUCGGCGGUUCGAAUCCCCACGACGGGGUGAGCUCCCGUUGCUCGGUCCCUGCUCCUGCCAACCUAGCAGUUCGAAAGAACGUCAAAGUGCAAGUAGAUAAAUAGGUACCGCUCCGGCGGGAAGGUAAAAGGCGUUUCCGUGCGCUGCUCUGGUUCGCCAGAAGCAGCUCAGUCAUGCUGGUCACAUGACCCGGAAGCUGUAGGCCGGCUCCCUCGGCCAAUAAAGCAAGAUGAGCACCGCAACCCCAGAGUCGGUCACAACUGGACCUAAUGGUCAGGAGUCCCUUUACCUUAGCCGGGAAGGCUCCCAGAGUGGCUGAAAGGGAUGAGGAGAGAAGAGAGAGAGGGAGAAAGCAACCUCAGGCACUGGGUCUUAAAUUCACAGGUUCUCACAAUGACCAGCAGAAUAGAUGUUCAUGGGAAUGACUUCUUGAGGCAAGCUGGUCUCUCACCAGAGACAAUGGAUUGGCCCCACUUCUUUUCUAUUCCCUGCUCUGCAGCUUCAUGCAGUGGCUGUUGCUAGGGUGUACAGUGGUUGGCUGGCUGUGUUGGACAUGCCAAAAAUUGGUGCUGCCAAGUUCUGUUCCUUCCGCCAGCUUGAUGGAGCCAGCCACCUCUGCCUACCAGGCAAGGAAAGCCCACCUUUCCGAGUUUUCUAGCGGAGGCAAUUAGUAAUACAGUCGUACCUUGGAUCUCAAAUGCCUUGCGAGUCGAACAUUUUGGAACCCAAACGUUUUGGAAGUCGAACGGACUUCCAGAACGGAUUCUGUUUGACUUCCAAGGUACGACUGCACAUCCUUAAAAAAGUAAAGGGACUCCUGACCAUUAGGUCCAGUUGUGGGUGACUCUGGGGUUGCGGCGCUCAUCUCACUCUAUUGGCCGAGGGAGCUGGCAUACAGCUUCCGGGUCCUGUGGCCAGCAUGACUAAGCCGCUUCUGGCGAACCAGAGCAGCGCAUGGAAACGCCGUUUACCUUCCCGCUGGAGCGGUACCUAUUUAUCUACUUGCACUUUGACGUGCUUUUGAACUGCUAGGUUGGCAGGAGCUGGGACUGAGCGACGGGAGCUCGCCCCGUCGCAGGAAUUCAAACCGCUGACAUUCUGAUUGGCAAGUCCUAGGCUCUGUGGUUUAACCCACAGCGCCACCCGCGUCCCUAUCCUUACACAGUGGUUACAUCCUUACACAGUGGUUAAUUGAUGUCUGUUUUUAACGUUCUUAUGGGUUUUGUUGUACAGUUUUAAGUUUUGAUUGCUAUAUACAUUGCUUUGAUAUGUAUAUUUUUAAUGCACAGCGGCAUAUAAAUAUAUUUUUUUAUAAAUAAACAAACCUCCCCUGCAGGAAAGGCAGGUGGGACGCAUUCUGGCUUCAUGUAAUGCAAAGGGAUUCUGGGUCCAUUUGCUGCGUGCUAGCUGAAGAAACCUCCCUUCCCAGUUUGCGUUCUCCUCUGCGGGAAAGAGAGGCAAGGAGUGUGCUCUUGGGCAGUUGGCUGGUCUCUUAGUGCUGACGGGGCACUGCCCCACCAACCUCAGCCUUGAUUCCCCCUAGACUAGCAUUCAAAAUUUGCCAGGUGCAUUUUGCACCUGGUUACCAGCCGCUUGCAACCAAGCGAAGGUGCCUUUGCUCCAUGAUGGCUUCGGACAUCUUCCCCAUCUGGAGAUGCCUGCCCGGAGAUCCUUGGAUCUUGACUGUUUUCUCACACUAGCAACACAUCCUGUAGAGUUCUAUCCAUUGUAUUUUAUCUGCGCAAUCAAGAACGGAUUCCAGGGACCAAAAAGUUGUAUGGGAAAAUACGACUUUGGAGCCUUCUCAGAAAUGGCAACUAGACAUUCCGUUUUGGUGACUGUAACCCCGGUUUAAGGAGCCAUUUGGCGCCUGGCUUAUAUAACUGAGGGACAUGGGUGGCGCUGUGGGACGCGGGUGGCGCUGUGGUCUAAGCCACUGACCCUAGGGCUUGCCGAUCGGAAGGUUGACAGUUUGAAUCCCCUUGACGGGGUGAGCUCCCGUUGCUCAGUCCCAGCUCCUGCCAACCUAGCAGUUCGUAAGCACACCAGCGCAAGUAGAUAAAUAAGUACUGCUCCGGCAGGAAGGUAAACAGUAUUUCCGUGCGUUGCUCUGGUUUCGCCAGAAGCGACGUAGUCAUACUGGCCACAUGACCCAGAAAAACUGUCUGUGGACAAAAUAUUGGCUCCCUCAGCCAGUAAAGCGAGAUGAGUGCCGCAACCCCAGAAUUGUCUGCGACUGGACUUAACUGUCAGGGGUCCUUUACCUUUAUAUAACUGAGUUUCUAACACUGCCUGCCCUUCUUAUGCCAUUGCUUUUUUGGGGGACUUGGCAGGAAGGACAGAGACAAAACUUGAAUAAGUUGACUCUGGUGCCCCCUAGAGUUGGUCUCCUUGCCUUCUGCCCUACAGUCCGAAUGGGCACAAGCCACUGCUGGUUGUGGGUUGUUGCAUCCCGCCAGCACCUAACAUCUCUCACUUAAGAGAGGCAGGAAGAAUGCCAGCUGCAGCUGCUGCCUGUUUAAGGGGUUCAGAGCUCCUUUUGCUUCUCUGCCCUGUGAAAAAGACCAGGAAGGGAUUCAGGCCAUGCUGGUUAGCAACACUCAGGAGUAGGAAAGAGAGAUCAAGGUCUGCUGGCUUGACCCUUGUGGCCGUACAGCUGCCAACCCAGUCCUCGUCCUUCCUUGGAACCGGAGAGAGGGGCAGGGGUCAGCACAAAACAUCCACUCCCUCCGCAACUUCAGAGUUGGGAGGAAGGCUUGCUGUGGCGAGCAGAACUGCUGAAACUUAAUUUUGUUAAUUUUUUAAAGCUGCACACUGCCUUUCAGUAAGUAUUUCCAGAGUAGUUUGUGGUGUUUGGUUGUGGGUGUAGUUUUUAAAAAUAAAUAGAUAGAUAGAUAGAUAGAUAGACACUACGUGAACAAUUUGAUACAAGAGAAGGGUGAAAAACAGCAGGAUAAAACAUUCCACCAGGUUGAAUUUUUCAUCGGGGGAAAAUCAAUAAUAUUGUCAGAGGUAGCAUAUGCCUCUGAAUAGCGGAUGCCGGGAAUCGCAGGUGGGAAGAGCUCUGCUGCACUCAGUCUAGGCUUCCCCUAGACCUUUGGCUUGACCCAGCAGGGCUUUGCUUUAUAUUCUUAGAGAGGAUUUCACUUUGCACAGAAAAGCCAUCAAAAAGCCAGGGGUAGCCAACCUUUUUAUACCUACCGCCCACUAAUGCAUUUUUUCCCUUGAUGGUAAAAUUUCCUUACCGCCCACCAGUGCUGCAGUAACAUGUGGCGUAGAACCCCUUACUGCCCACCUGGAAUCCUGACCAGGUUGAGUACCCCUGCUCUAGGCAAACCUCGCUGGGGAGAGAAUUUCAUAAGUGGUUCUUCAUGGCCCAUUCCACCCUGCAGAUGCCUCACCUUGAAUGUUCUAUCCAAUUCAGGACCCCCCUGCUCUUCCAUAGCAUGACCCCAGGCAAAGUAUUGCAUAUUUCAGUGCUUCCUCCAAUAACAACAACAACAAUAACUCUGGGUAGCUUCCAAUCGAGUGUUAAAAACAAUACAGCAUUAAAUAUUAAAAACUUCCCUAAACAGGGCUGCCUUCAGAUGUCUUUUAAAGAGAAGAUAGCUGCUUAUUUCCUCCCUGUGGAGGGCGUUCCACAGGGCAGGUGUCACUACCGAGAAGGCCCUCUGCCUGGUUCCCUGUAACUUGGCUUCUCACAAUGAGGGAACCGCCAGAAGGCCCUCAGCACUGGAUCUCAGUGUCCAGGCUGAAUGAUGGGGGUGGAGACGCUCCUUCAGGUAUACUGGGCCGAGGCUGUUUAGGGCUUUAAAGGUCAGCAUCAACACUUUGAAUUGUGCUCGGAAACGUACUAGGAGACAAUGCAGAUCUCUCAGGACCGGUGUUAUGUGGUCCCGGCGGCCACUCCCAGUCACCAGUCUAGCUGCCCCAUUCUGGAUUAAUUGCAGUUUCCGGGUCACCUUCAAAGGUAGCCCCACUUAGAGCGCAUUGCAGUAGUCCACCUGUGGAAAUCUAACAUGUUAGGGGAAUGAGUUCUAGGGCAGCUGUCCACUCUUCAUUAAUUAAAAUUUUGCAUCGGUUAUAGUUUAAUUCCUCCACCUGUAUUAAUUAUGCAAAUUGAGGAAAUGUUUGUGUUUGAAAUAUUUACCUUUUCUCGGCAUAAUUCUGCAUUUGCUGGGAGAGAGGCAACGAUCUAGGGACAACACUGAAGACCUGUUCCCCAGUCUCUGGCAACCUCAGUGGUUCUCUGUUUUUCCGCCUGGGAUUUCAACAGGCAUUGCUAACAUACAGUGGUGCCUCGCAAGACGAAAUUAAUCCGUUCCACGAGUGUCUUCGUCUAGCGGUUUUUUCGUCUUGCGAAGCAACCCUACUAGCGGCUUAGCGGAUUAGUGCUAUUAGCGGUUUAGCGGCUAUUAAAGGCUUAGCGGCUUAGCUGCUAAAAGGCUAUUAAAGGCUUAGCGGCUUAGAAAAAGGGGGGGGGAGCGAAAAAAAAAGACUCGCAAGUUUCGUCUUGCGAAGCAAGCCCAUAGGGAAAUUCGUCCUGCGAAGCAACUCAAAAACGGAAAACCCUUUCGUCUAGCGGGUUUUCCGUCUUGCGAGGCAUUCGUCUUGCGGGGCACCACUGUACUUUUAGGAAAGAUGUAGCCAUAAGGGCUGGAUUGCUAUCUUCUUAAAACAACAUAAAAUAGAAAUAUCUGAUUCAGAAGAAGCUGAAUGGCGCACCAAGGGUAGACAGUGGACUGUUUCAGCACUCCUGCAAAAUCUCUGUACGGUAUACUUGUAUCAGGCCUGGUAUCUGGCCAAGCCUCUGCCCUGACAUGCAUUGACUUUUGCAUGUUAGUCUCCCACACAAGCAGGCAAUUAACCAAACACACAAGGGGUGUUGAAAUCACGCAAUUUGUCAAGUGGCACAGCGCUAGGAGAGCUGUGCGUGCCACAUACUUUAUCAGAGCAUAUAGCCCAGCCUCUAAUUCUCCUCGCGUCUCUCUAACUUUUUGAGGGCCUAUUGCAGAUGCCACCUUCUCUGGAGUCUACUGCACAAUAUAGGCCUUCAAGGAGGUGGCACCUGGCCUGUGGAAUUCCCUCCCAUCAAAUGUCAGACAGACCUGGUCUCUGUUGCCGUUGUGGCGCCUGCCAAAGACCUUCCUCUUCCUACAAGCCUUUUAGAAUCAUUGAAUUGUAGAGUUGGAAGGGACCUCGAGGGUCAUCUAGUCCAACCCCCUGCAAUGCAGGAAUCUCAUCUAAAGCAUCCAUGACGGAUGGCCAUCCAACCUUUGCUUAAAAACCUCCAAGAAAGGAGAGUUCACCACCUCUCGUGGGAGUCUGUUCCACUGCCGAACAGCUCUUACUGUGAGAAAGUUUUUCCAGAUGUUUAGUUGGAAUCUCCUUUCUUGUAACUUGAAGCUAUUGGUUCGAGUCCUACCCUAUGGAGAGAAAUGUGGGGCCCGGAAUUGUUUUCAUCACUUGGCAUCCUGAGCUCCUUUUGAAGGAAGGGUGGGGUACAAAUUUAAUAAAUAACAAUACAGUGAUACCUUGGGUUACAUACGCUUCAGGUUACAGACUCUGCUAACCCAGAAAUAGUUCUUCAGGUUAAGAACUUUGCUUCAGGAUGAGAACAGAAAUCGCGUGGCGGCAGCAGGAGGCCCCAUUAGCUAAAGUGGUGCUUCAGGUUAAGAACAGUUUCAGGUUAAGAACGGACCUCCAGAACGAAUUAAGUACUUAACCCGAGGUACCACCGUAGCUCGGUUCCACCACCCCGAUACCCGUGGGUAUAGGGCGAAAUGCGAAUUUCAUAAAUAACAACAAUACUUCUGGAUUCCACAUGCUGCACACCCACCCCACUGUUUACCCCGACUGCCUUCCUUUUCCUCUUCCCAAAUUGCUGCCUCUGCCAACCCUGCGCAUCCUUUUCUUUUCGCUCGCAGGCGGAAGCGGCGCAAUUUCAGCAAGCAGGCUACGGAGGUGCUCAAUGAGUAUUUCUACUCUCACCUGAGCAACCCUUACCCCAGCGAAGAGGCCAAAGAGGAGCUUGCCAAGAAGUGUGGAAUCACAGUCUCACAGGUACCCGGGUGUGUUUUGGGGGGGUGAGGUGGGGGGGCAGGCCCCAGGCUGUGCUAGAGAGGCCCCUGAGUAUGGGACAGGGUUGGCUGGGGAGGGGAGGAAAAGCUCAUUGUUUGGCUGACCUGUCAAUACAUAAUCCCCUUCCCUCCCCUUCCCUCCCCACCCCUCUUUUCCCCCCCUCAUUCCCUCCCCGCUUCCCAUCCCUUCAUGUUUGACCUUCCCUCCCCACCCCACCCCCGACUUCCCCCCUCCCUCCCUCCUUCCAGGUCUCAAACUGGUUCGGGAACAAGCGCAUCCGCUAUAAGAAGAACAUCGGCAAGUUCCAAGAGGAAGCCAAUAUUUACGCCGUGAAAACGGCUGUCAGCGCCGCACAGAGUGGGGGCGACUCCCCCAACACCCCCUCCUCCGCGGGUAACUCCCCUCCCCCCCGAAAAGAAAGCUCCGCCACACCCCAUGUUGGUGCGGGAGUCCUCCUCGCUGGGGUUGGAGAAACGUGGAACCCUCCCCUCCAACAUGCGCUGGAGUUCCCGAAGGAGAUCCCUCCAACACCAGCGCCCCCUGCCCCACUCCCCCAUGGUCAGUGUGUGCGCCCCCUCCUGGGCGCAGAGCGGCGAGGUGCCCCCUCACACCCCGCUCCCCCACACGCCCGUGUUUGCGUCCCCCCCGUCGGCCUUGGAGUAGCCAAGGCUUCCUCCUGCAGGCAGGUCGUCUCGGCUUGCUUCUUCAGCUAGUUGCCUUUUGCAGUGGUGUUCACCUUUUUCUUUACUCGAAGCAACCGUGCGUUCCACCCCCAGUCACCCUGUUGCUGUCUUUCGCUCCCGCCCCUUCCUCUGUUUUCUGGCAGGCUCCGGCGGCUCCUUCAACCUCUCCAGCUCUGGGGAUAUGUUCAUGGGCCUUCAGGGUCUGAAUGGAGACUCGUAUCCCACAUCACAGGUCAGUUCCUUUCCCUCCUGGGACGGCUCGGGGCAUGCUCUAGUUAUCUCCCACGUGGACUGCGGCAAUGCGCUCUAUGUGGGGCUGCCUUUGGAGGUGACCCGGAAACUACAUUUACUCCAGAAUGGGGCAGCUAGACUGGUGACUGGGAGUGGCCGCCGAGACUAUAUGACACCGGUCCUGAAAUACCUACAUUGGCUCCCAGCACAUUUCCGAGCACAACACAAUUCAAAGUGUUGGUGCUGACCUUUAAAGCCCUAAAAGGCCUCGGCCCAGUACAGUCAUACUUUGGGUUACAGACGCUUCAGGUUGCGUUUUUUGGAGUUGCGGACCGCCGAAACCCGGAAGUACUGGAAUGGGUUACUUCCGGGUCUGCAACCCCCAAAAACACAACACUUUCCAAAAUACUAGCAGAAGUCUUAUUUUUCUGUAAAAAUGAAAAGAGAAGAAAAUUAGAGGAAAUUGGCAAUUUUAACAAACUUUCCCUGUCCCCUGUAGAAAAAGAGAGAGAGGAAAGAUUGACGUAAAAUGGAAAAUACACACUACAUAGCAAAACAGUGCCAUAAAUCAGUUGACAGUUUUGAGUAAACUCCACAUUGCUCGAUCCUUCUUAACGCCCACUCAAGUCUUCAUGAGAAGUUUUCAGCCCAGCAUAACUGCUGCUCCUGUCUUAUUCUCCCCAUCCCUGCUGUCAUUCUGCCCUUUUUAUGUGUUCCCUCAACUACUAGGUGGAAUCGAUGCGUCACUCUAUGGGGCCAGGGGGCUACGGGGACAGUAUGGCUGCCACCCAGAUGUACAGUCCACGAGAAAUGAGGGUAAGUUUGUGCGUCGGGAGACUUGACCCACCUGGUUCUCACUGAAGAGGUAACUUUGUUCUGUCUGGGAUGUAUUGCUUUAGACUGCAUGCAUGCCAGGGCUCACACUAUACAAGAGUCCUGCUAGAUUAGGACAAAGGUUCACCUAGGCCCCAUCUGCACCAAACAUUUCAAGCACUGUGAUGCUACUUUAGGCACUCGUGGUUUUCCUGAGAGAGUUCUGGGAACAGUAGUUUAUUAAUGGUGCUUAAGAGUUGUAAGGAGACCCCUAUUCCUUCUCACUGAGCUAUAAUUCCCAGAGCGGUCAAGCAAUCAGUCCUACUUCACAGAGAAGUUGAAGCUCUGUGAGUUGGAAUUACGGUCUACUGGCCCCUCUCAGCACUGUUAAGAAACUACAGUUCCCAAUAUUCUUUUGAGGGAAAGGCAUUGGUUUUGAUUUGAUUUAAUAUUUGCAUUCUGCUUUUCCAACAACAAGCGCUGAGCUCAAAAGCGGCUCACAGUAAUCACAAUAGUGCUGGAAAACCCAACAUUGCAAUCAUUAUAAUAUCCAACGCAAUAGCAUAUAAAUAAAGUAAACUGCAGUGACAGAGUCAGCAAAACAAUUAAUACAGUUCAAUAAAGCCGUGACUGUUUAAAGUGGUAUCAUAGGUACUUGAAAUGUAUGGGCUCUAGUCCAGCUCCUGUUUUCCACAGUGGUCAAGCCACUAGCAGAGCAGGGAUGCAAUAGCCUGGCAGAGGUUGUUCGGUGAUACACGGCUUCUGAAUGUGGAGAUUUCAUUUAACCAGUUGUGGUUUCUAGCCGUUCUCUUAUGGGUGGGAUCCAUUUGGUGUCCCAGCACUCACAGAGGUGUGCUUUUGAUGGGGAGGAAUCUGCUAAGAGAAGAGGAGGGGAAGGCGAUUUUGCCAGUUCCUUGUGCAGCCCUUCCAUCUAUUCUGGAAGGCUUCCCAAUUCUUUGGGGCUGCAGGGGGACAUCUGCAAAAAUUCCCUCCCUCUGAUUUCCGUAGGCAAAAGCCGUCCGCUUUGCUGCAAGGACACCAAUUGGAUUCCACCUCGCAAAUCCUCCCUCUAAUCCCCUUUUAAAACGAUCUGAGCUUGAUGGCCAGUGCCACAGCUUCCAGGCUGACAUUUAAUUAUGCCUUGCGUGUGAAGAAGAUUUGGUUUGAGGAGAUUCAGGGACUGAAGAUCUUUUUCCUCUCCUGGACCUCACAAGAACCCAAGUGAGGGUAGAGGAUUGUGCCCAGUGUGGUGAACAGCAGCUUGUGGCGGUUGCAUAUCUGAAUGCUCCCACAUCAAUAUACAUUCCUGCUAGUAAAACUAAAGAAAACCACUAUCUUUGGGGACAGCCUAGACUCGAACCACAGCUGUGCAUAUGCUCGGCGUUAAACAUAAUUACAGUUCUAUGUCAGGAAAGGCUGAAUAUCAGUUCAUUCAAAUAUUUUAUUCUGGCCUUGCUAGUGAUGGGGGAGGUAAGGUAGUGGGAGCUCUGCCCCAGUCAGUGGCUUCAAAGCCACAGUGGCUUCUGAGAUUUCAGCAAGCAUUCCAGCAUGCUUCCCAAGUAGAGUCGUGUGACCUAGAAGCCUGUUUAAAGGGAAAAGCCCGAGAUGAUUGUGGAGCUGAAUUAUGUGCGCACUUUUACAUUCUGGUAUGCGCACGUUCCUCAACGGAAAGAAAGAAAUACGAGGUUUUCUUUCUUACUUGGUGAAGCUUAGUAAAAUGAUUCAUCUGAGUCCAAAGUAGUUAAAGGUCCAGGAGAAGCUUUUUAUCACGUGAUCUGCUGUUUGCAUGGGCUGCUCAUUAGAUCCAAUAAAAUAAAGGGAGUCAGCACACAUACACACCCACUCCCCCCGAACUCUUCCUUCUACUGUAGAACUGUUUUUGAUAGCAAAAUUAGGGAUUCUUUGUCGCAGAGAAGAGUUGGGCAAGGUGCUGGCACCUAAUGGUCUAUAAUGGUGCCAAGGGGGCGGACUGGGAACAAGCACUCCCCAGACUCUGGGAAAGCGGUGCUAGGAGAACUCCCACGGAAAGGAAAAGAGGUUUAGCAGGUUGGAACUUUGCAAGAAACUGCAAAUUAAAUUGCCUCUAUUUUUUUUUUGUAACAACCGUUCCUCUCGUUUUUUUCACCAGGCCAAUGGUGGCUGGCAGGAAGCAGCCACCCCAUCCUCUGUGACCUCCCCAACAGAAGGUCCUGGUAGUGUCCACUCUGACACCUCCAACUGAUCCUGCUGGGCUGCGCUCCCUCCUCUGUCGUUUUCUUCCUGGCUCCAGUGGGGGGGAGGGAAUUAACCCUAGUGCUGAACUAGGCUGGGCAGGGAAAGAACUCGUCUUUUCUCCCACCUGGCAGGAGAUCACUGCACCACCCGCAGUGCCGGGGCAGGGGAGGGAAGCAAGUACAGCAUCUCUUGGCAUUCAAGGUGGCAACACUCCAUGGGGACGAUGAAUUCAAGAUGGCACCCGUUGUGAUCCAAGAUCCUUCCAUGAUCCUCUUAAUAAGCAAGAUGCAACUCUAGAAGCGGUGAAGGGGACCCAAGACGGUGGGAGGCGGGGUGGGGAGCGGGUGGGAGGGGCUAUCUCAAGUGGUCCGUCUGCUUGGAGGGGCUAGGCAGAUGAGCUAAUGUACCUGCAAUGCGAUAUCAUAAUCUGCUGGCUCGGCCUUGUAGAUAAGCACACCUGCCUGAGGGGCGUCGAGAUGGCAUCUAAACUGCUUAUCGUGGGAUUGCGAUUCAAGAUGGCAGCACCAACGGGUCUCUUGGUAGUAGGAUGAGCAGAGACGUUGGCCAAAGAGGGCUUAAGUUGGCAUCUCUCCAUGAUGGGAUGAUUCCAAGAUAGUAAACUGUGGCGUCUUCCUGUCGAGAUUUGAACAUGGCAUGUAUAUAUAAAAGAGAGAAGGGAAAUCAGGCAUAGAUCCUGUCUGGACUCAAGGUGGGCAUCUCCUUUGCUGGUGCUGACCAGAGACACCAACAUCCUUAUGAAAUAUUUUGGCAGAAAACGAACAUGUAAGGCGAUACAAGGGCCUCGCUGUAAGAUUGUGUGGAGCCAUGGCGAAACCCUCACCUAGGCUGAAGAAACCGUUAUACCUCUCAGUGAAUAGGUUCCCUGGGUAUGAAGAUCUAAGAUGGCUACCAUCUGAAUCAGAAAGGGGAUAUAGCCCUGAAGAGAAGUUAUGAGGGGCCCAAGAUGUUACAGACUGGUGCCCUUCCAUUAGGCCAGAAGUGGGGAACCUUUGGCCUUCCAAUGGUUGUUGGGCUGCGGCUGUUGGCCAUGCUGGCUUGGGUUGAUGGGAGAUGUCGUUUAUCAACAUCUGGAGAGCCAAAGGUUCCCCGCUAAAGAUACAGAACAUACCAUGGUACCUUUUAUCAGAAAGACAGUGGGGGCUGGCUUUCCAAAAUGGCGGUUCAAGGUAAUAGGGGAGGGGAAGUAGUAAUAAGCACAAACUUCCUAUCUCCUAGGCAGGACUAGAAGUUGUGGGGGAAGCCAUAGGGCUAAGAGAGCCCAGCACACCCCACAUUACACAUGCUGUAUACUGUAGCUGCAUUAUGGGUGAUGGGGUCUGCUUUUCUUUCUGUCAAAUCUCUUGCUUUCUGAGCUGGUUUGGGUUUUUUUGGCCUCUUCUCUCUCUCUUUCAGUUUUUCCCAUUGUAACCAUUUCUUAUUGUGUGUACAGUUUCUCUCUUGAGUUUUUUUCCUCUGCUGUUUCUUAUAUUCUUGAUAUUUCCCCCUGUUAAGUUCUUUUCCCUUUCUCCACCCAUCACCAUCUUAGGGCUUUUCUGCCUGGUCUGACCCAAGCACAAUCAGAUAGGUUUCUGAAUGUCACAGUCCUCUUUGUGUGAUAUUUGUGCAGGCCCUAAUCUCGUUCAAAAUGGAAAAAAUGACCUUUAAAUAUAUUUUUUAAAGGGAGUUUACAGAAUGGUGGAGAUACAGGUUGGGCAUAGCAGUAUCCCUUCCCAUUAAAUAGAUAUGCUGUGUAUCUGGGACAAACUAUAAAUUAUGUUAAAUGCACCAUUUCAUUUCUUCACUUUUAAAAAUGGACAUGUGGAGCAGUUCCAAAAAAUCCCCCGCCACACCCAAAAAUGUCUGCUUGCCUUGGAAGGAAAACUUCCAUUACUGAAAUUGCUUCAGGGGGCUUUUUUAUUGGCAAGAGUCCUGCUUGCAGUUUUUGUUUUUUUAAAAAUCCACCAGGUUAAUUGAUGGGACUUAAUGUAAUGUAUGGUUUAAAAUGGGGUUUGAAGCCCCUGUGGUUGGAAAGUAGGUCCUGAUGGAUGGGUGUCCUUGAAAGGGAAUCUGCCCACCAUCACCACCAGUCAAAAGAGUGUGGAGGGGGGACAGCAUGCUUGGUUGAAGGUAUAUUCUCUCAAUUCACAUCUGGCGAUGGCUUGAUUGAGUGUGGGUUGAUCAGAUGCCCCAGGAACACUCCCAGAAUCCUCUGCAUCUCUGUGGCAGAUCUGCAAGGGAUGGAUAAACUGAAGGUGGAAAAACAAGGAAAGUGCUACAGUACCAGCCAGGGAAAUUGCAUUUUGCCAGGGACAGCGUAUUCUGGUUAAAUGCUCUGGCAGCGCAAUAGUCUUUCAAAGGAAGGGACAGAUACGAGGGGAGGUUUGGGAACAAAAUAGGAAGUAUCAUUGUUGUGCAACUACCACCUGCUCCAGAAUCCUGAUUUGUGCAGAAAAGCUCACUCGAUGCUUCUAUUUUUCCUUUAGCCCAAUUCAAAUAUGGAGGAUUUGAACAAACCAAAAGCAUUUUUCCAGUAUCCCAUCUUCAUUGAUUUCCUUCCCUCCCUUUGCUCCUAUGAAUUCCAGCCCAAAGGGGUCGCUAGCGAUGCUUGGGAAGCUAGUAUAGUUUAUAUUUCAAAGGACCGUUUUAUCCAGAAUUGAGUAAGGCGUUUCCCCCACUGUGAUGGAAAGAAAUGGUAUGAGUGUGUAAAUAGUUUUGUUUGGGAAGCGAAUGGCCUGAAUGAGAGGCAGAAGCUGAGGAGGGAGACAAGGAAAAUCUAGUAAAGUAAAUCUAGUAAAAACCACACAGAAUGGAUCCAAGUGCACAAGAGCAAAUAGUGGGUGAGAAAUACGAAAUAGGAGAGAGCGAUAUCAAAAGUAGUGAGAGGUCGGAAUGAAACAAUGGGAAAGCAGAAAUGGUAGGGAGAUAAGCUGAGAUCUCGUGAUGAGAGAAUAUGAACUAAGGAAGACAAAUCUGAAGGGCAGGAAUAUUGAAACUUGAAAGAGUUGGGAACUAACGAGGAGAUUGCAGACUGGAAAGAGGGAAAUUAGAAGAGUUAAUGGGAAAGGAUUAUAAAGUAGAAAAGAUCCAAUAGAUUGGGGGGGGGGGGAGAAGAAAACACAUUCAGCGGCACCUGUUCACAAGAGGAAUGUGUACUUGGAUCAGAAAAGAGGAUUUGGACAUGAGAAGAUACCAAAAUAAGACUCAAAAGACGGAAUGUGGAUAACGGCAAUCGGAUUGCAAAAGAUGACGGAGGAAUGGUCCAAAGGACGGAGGAAAGGCCUGCUUGUGGAAGUUGCCAAAGCCGAAGGGAUUCAGACCCACGGGUGGACAUUGGGUGCGACAGGCGCAAAUCCUGAUGGCACGAGAGACCCAUUAGGAGCAACGGAAACCCACAUAAGACUUUUCAAGUUGCUCUCCCCCUUGCUCGCAGGGAGGGCUCCAUGCUAGUCAGUCCAAUAGCUUUAUUACCUCAUGGCGCAAGAAACCAAUAGAGUCUUGGGACAGAGACCUUUUGAACCUGCUACCUCUGUGUGCCCUGUUGGGUUUUUUGGGGGGGAGAACAGUGCUGUGAGACACCCCCCCCCAAAAAAAACCUCCCUGCCCCGUUCCCUUUGACUGAGGGUAUUGGGGUUCAUCACCCUGACUGGCCGUUUUGACUUGUUCUGUUUUGGGUUUGUUUUGUUUUCUUGCUCUAGAUUGCCUUUGCUUUUAUUAUCAUCAUUUUUCUUCUAUAAAAUUGAAGACAAUUUCUGCCCUGGGAUUCAUUUGGGUAAAAGGAGGAGGAAAUGAGUGGGGAGGAAAGUCUGGUUCACCCCCAAAACACACACACACCUGUUUGCUGGGUAUCUAUACAAGCCCACACACAGACCAAACCACACUUUGCAUCAUUCAGACCAGAUUGCAGUGUGUGGGGGAAAGCUCAAAAUGUUAUGUGGCGGAAGUACCAAUGUGGCUUACGUACCAAUACAUUUUUGUGAACCGCUCUUAUUUGGGGGUUUUUUUCACCAUGCCAAUGUCCACUGUGGAGGGGGUUGGAAUAGCUUUGUCUGGUGAAAGCACCUGAACCAUAUGAGAAACCACUUCACACAGCUUGCUACGUGAAGCUGCUUACAAAGUUUUUUUGAGCAAUUUCCCUAGCACAACAUCUAAUCUCUGUUCUGGUCCUUGGUGGCUGACGGCAGCCAUUUUGUUUCUUAGGCUGAGGGGUUAGGAUUGCCCCUUGGCCAAUUUCUGACCGAUGUACCUGUUCUGUUUCUUCCUUACAAAACAAAACAAAACCAGGCCCUGCAGCUUAUUCCUUAUGGUUUUGAUUUUCUCUUUUAAAUGGUAAUCCUAAAACAAUGGCUGGUUGUCUGCCAACACGAGGAAAGAUAAAUGAGGUUAGGACACCCAUGUUGAAACAGUUCCCACACAUAAGUUCCAAUUGGAUCUACUUGAAUUGACAACAUAAGUUACAGCCUUAAGGCCAAACUAGAUGUGUAGUUUUUCUCUCUCUCACAGUAUUUUCUUUUCCUUUUUAACAAUAAUAGUGGGGGUGGGCUUAACUAUUUCUGUGUGAUUGUAUGUUUUGUAACUUCUAUAUUUUACCAGGUGAGGCAAGUGGGGUGAGGGGGUGGUUUAGUAUGUGACUGGGAAAACGGUCUGUGUGACUGGGGAAGGAUUCACACGACAUUCCUCCAUUCAAAUAUGCAGCCUUCUGGUGUAGCUAUACAAAGCAAGAGGGCAAUGGAAGGAGAUUUCCAGAUCCUGGUUCUCCUGCCGUCCCAUCCAGAUUAGCUAGAAGCAGUGCUUUUUGUGUGUGACAGUGCUCAUCAGUACAGAGUACUGCCAUGUCAUUCAUUUAUUUAUUUUUGGGUGCCCAUGGCAGCCAUUUCCAGCAUUUCUUUUGAGUACUGGCACCUCUUUAUUUUUUAAACAACAACUAAAGCAGUGCCAGGAAAGGCCCUGAAUGGCACACUUAUGAGAAUGAUAAAAUGAAUGAGCCAGAUUCACAUUUCUGGUGGUUGUCAUUUGGUACCAAUGAUUGGGGGGGGGGUGGCUCUUCUUCCCCAUUUUUAAUUUUUUGGUUUGUUUUUUUGGUGCGCACCUUAACAUCUAACAAACAGGUGCAGAAGUUUGGGAACCACUGCGCUAAAUAAUACCGCUCACCUGACCAGCCGGUUGUCAGCCCUGCUCAGUUUAUACACCAUUUGCGACGUGGCAUUUCUUAAGACGCAGGUUUUGAGACUCUCUUGGGGCAGCCUUAAUAUUUCAGGAGGUCCCAACAUGAUGUACCUGUAAUGGAAGCCACCAUUGUGGCAAUUUCCACCCCUUGUGAGACUGUUAAAAAGGUGCACCAGUGCUGUUUGUGGAGUGGUUUAUGUGCCCCUGCGCUUUCUUCACCCUACACUGGAAUAUGGUGCAUGUGCGCACCCAACAUGCCCAGCCACGGGAGCAAAUGGGAAGCUUUUGCUGUUUGCGUCUCUCUUGCUGGAGGCUACGAGAUGGCAGGGUCUAACCUGCUCCCAGCUCUGUCCUAUGGCCCUACCACGGUGGUGUUGAAAUAAAAAACCCAUGACCCACAUGGAAGCAUAGGUUAGCUGGAGGGGGAGAACCAAAGCAUUUAAGAGGUGCACAGAGGCAUGUUAACAGAGAAAGAACGGCAGAAGGGGAGUGAGGAGGCACUAGGACACAGAUAAGAGAUCCUACAGCCCUCAUGAUGUUAGGCUGUGACCCCCAUCGUGGCUGACGGGAGUUUGAAAGGACCAUAGAUUUUCCAGCCAUGCUGGAAGAAUGGAGAACCCCAAAUUUCAGUUCAUUGGCUGGGGUGGAGGAUCCUUCCAUUGGUACAGCCAUGAUUGAGAUUUGUCGUUGCGAUGAUCCCCUAAGUCUCAGGGAAUUGCCACUGCAAAUCUGAAGCAAGGCUUUACCAACAGAAGUGUCAUGGCUCCCUCCCCAAACCAUUCUGGGAAUUGUCAUUGGGCAAUGUUUCUGAGGCUUCUGUUGUAACCCCCAAACUACGCCCUGACAGAACUAAAGCAUCUGCACCCAGCCCAUGCCCAUUAAAUGUUUACUUGGGAGCAAGUCUUGCCGAGUUUAAUAGGUUAUGCUCCCAAGUAUGUGCAGAAGACUAACCUUUGGCUACUUUGGUGGCGGUGAAGUUAAAUGGAGAGUUAAUGAAGAUGUCUGGGCAAGAAUAUACACACAGGAUAUUUCAAGGUGCAUAUUCAAGAUUUCUCAUGUCUUAACAUGCAUAAAAGGAUAAGUAAUGUAAAAUCGUGGUUCCGUUUCCCCCUAUUUUUCUUUAUGCUUUUUGAACACUCCUCUCCCGGAGUGGGCUAUGGUGUCCCUUUUAUUCCUAAGCAUCACAGAGUCUGUUAUAACACUGAAUGUCCCACUCACCUGCAUUUUUAACUACCCAAAGAUCAAAAUGGGCUCUUUUCUGGGCUAAGUAGCCAUCUUAGUAACAUUAGACCAAAACUGGCUCCCUGCCCUUUUGGCAUGGAUGCAAUUGUUUAAUUUGGGUGGUGUGACUGCCUUUUUCCCAAUGUAGUAAUGACAGUGAUGCAGAAAGAAAGCAUCUGUUGGAUUUUUACUGUCGAAAGUCACAGAGGUCCCGUCCCCACCCCCAAAGUUGGCUUCCCUGAGGUGGAGUCUGUUACUUCCUUGCAGACGGAAGCCUAAGCAAAGGGAUCCGCAAAUACAGAGGGCCUUUGGAGGCUUCAGAGGAAGGAUGGAUUUCAAUUGGGGGGGGGGAAUAUACUCUGGAGGUCCCCCCCUCACUCUCUUGUACAGUUUUGCCUAAACAAUAAAAUAUAUUUUUUUCCACUGGCGCUUUCCAAUUAUUUCUACUUUAGAGAACUUAAAGAGUUCUGAGUUAGCAGGCAUACUACAGAAAGGGUGUGCACUCUAGAUCUUCAGCUAAAGAACAGGAACUAAAGAGUAAAUGCAAUAUAAACUGGAGGUGUCCCCCAUCCCACACAAAGGACGGGGCUAUUGCUAUUUAACAUGUUCAUGGAUGAUCUGGAGUUAGGAGCGAACAGAUGCCUGCAUUGCAGGCGGCUGGGCUAGAUGACUGUGUUCUAUAGGGCAUGGUUGCCAUCACUGCAGACAAGACCCGGUUAUUCAGGAUGGAAAUCUGAGCAGAUUUGUGAAGCCUUCCAAAAGGAUUACUCCAAACUGAGCAAAUAGGAGACUGGAUAAGAGGGGCAUAAACCUGCAUGUUGUGGAGAGAGAGGAUCACGUUUUUUUCUUCCUCGUGACGCUAGAUCUCAACAAAGCUGAAUGUUGGAAGAUUCAGGGCAGACAAAGUGCUUCUUCACACUGCGCAUAGUUAAAACUAUGGAAUCCACGCUCAAAAGUCACUAACUCGGGUGGCUUUGAAAGGAUUUAGACAAAUUUGUGACUGAUGAGUCUUAUCAGUGGCUGUUCCACCUUCAUUGAGUGUGAAUUCCAUAGCUGGACCUCAUGGGCCUUUGGCAUAACGCAGCACGGAUGCUAUGUUCUUAACGUAAGCAAGGGCAAACUUUUCAGAAGCUGAUGGGAUCUGAACUGGCUGUAACCAAACAGGAAAGAGAGCUUGCGUGACAAUGACUUGAAAAAUUUUAACAACUCAAUGCAGUAGCAGUGGAGGGGGUUGGGAAGGCAAAUUCCAUUGCUAGGGAUUGAAAAUAAGUUUAGCAGCAUCCCAUUUCUGGUGCAUUCAAAUUUGGAAUAGUUUGUGUCUUCCCCUAUUAAAAGCAAGGGGGGGGGGAGAGUUCUACUUUGUUGGAUCUCAUCUGAGUUGUUUUUAAGCAGAAUAAACCUCUGGGUAUAGGGCAGUAUAUAAAUUCAAUAAUAAUAAUAAUAAUAAUAAAAGCCCAAGAUCUACCAACCAGAAGCUGGUGCAAGAGACUUAGAAUUCACUUAGGAUUAAAGAACAGGAUGUUACUGAGGACAUUCUGAGCUCAAGACUUGGUUUUCAGUACAAAGAACUCAACCAAACUCAUAGUCCUGUCACAAAAACAUGCACUCCAGAGUAGCUUCAUUUCAGCAGCUGAAAUUGGGUGGAAAUAAGUCAUUGCGUUGUUGCUAUUGUAAAAUAAUUGGGGGACAAGAAGCCUUUGCUGAUGUAAUACGAGACACCCAGAUCUGUCCAUCCCUGUGUUUUCCCACAGCAGAUGGGAAAAGGUAAUGAAAACAAGGAACUGGAACAUCUCAAAGCCAUAAAGCUACAACUCUGGGGCCUUUUCAGGAAAAAAGGAAAACAGGCUUAUAUAAUAAUGCAACAUGCAGAGGGAGCAAAUAGAUAGCUCGGUUGGUAGAUCAUGUGACCCUUAGGGUUGUGGGUUCGAGACCCAAGUUGGGGAAAUGAUCCUUGCAUUGCAGAGGGUUGGACUAGAUGCCCGACCCAACUCUACAAUUCUAUUAUUAAUAUUAACAUUUGUAUACCACCUUUGAUCCACAUGUCUCAGGCUGUUUCAC